AUGGUCGAUGCCGAGGAUGUCGAUCUUUCGGAUUCCCCAGACACUAAAUUGUCCGAUCUGCGAGGUUGGCUGCGUCCAACUCCCUACUGGAAUGCUUCCUCCGACUUCAAGAAGCACCUCAAUGCACAUGUCCCCGGAACAGGGCGCUGGCUGUUCGAGACCCCCGAAUAUCAGCAAUGGCACGACUCCACCACCCAAGGCAUCUUGUGGUUGAAAGCUGUCGCCGGUGCUGGCAAAAGUGUCUUGGCUGCCCAUCUGAUCUCCGAUCUGCAGGCAAAAGAGGAGAAAAAACCGGUGCUAUUCUUCUUUGCCCGGCGAAUUGUCACGGCCAACCAUGGGUGUCAGUCGCUCGUACGAGACUGCAUGCAUCAGCUGCUGGGUCAUUCACCGGAGCUGCGGGCAAGAUUGGAAGCAGUCAAAAAGACGAAUUCCGACGUGGAAAACGUUGCGUUCAACGAGCUGUGGCAGGUGUUCCUAGAUGCGCUCAAUACCGUGGAGAAGGCCUACUGCAUCCAGAAAGCCUUGAACGUUCCAUCAAUUCUCCAGCUGAGGUUGGAAGACCGACAAGUGAAUAAAGACAUUGCAUUGUUUCUUGAAUGUCGCCUGUCCCACGCAUCUCAUCUCAGUGUGCCGGCGAAAGAGAAGGUCAAGCGCUUGAUAGAAGAUCGUGUCCAUCCGUCCUUUCUUUAUGCGCGUCUGAUGUUGGAUGAGCUUCUGGAAGAACACAGAGUCGAGUCAUUGGGGGUGGAUAGGGUGCGAAAUGCACUUCUGUCUCUCCCUGCCAGUCUCGAACAUAUGUAUACCCAGAUGCUCCAUGGUCACUCCCAGUUGGCUUCUGUGCCGCAAGAGAGACAGGUGCUGAUCUUACAACUUGCGACCCAUGCUUCCCGCCCACUACGCCUAUUGGAAAUUUCAACCGUCUUAAACUUCUUGGACAUGGCUCAGACCAAGAGCACACAUGGUGACACUAAGAAUAUGACGCGUAUGUCGUGUGGACCGCUGCUAGAAAUCCUCGAGGAUGAGACCGUGUCUAUAAUCCAUCAUUCUUUCACCGAGUUCUUGACUGACAUGCAGCGUAAGGGCCAAUCACUGACACAGAAUGGCGCUCCUACAUUCCCAGUGAUUGAUUCGAGUGCGACGCAUGAGUUGAUGGCCCUGAUUUGUGUUAGAUACCUGCUCUCUGGUUGUCUAUCUUCAUGGACCCUCAAGGCUCGGGCGCAGCGCCAUACCAUAAUGAUGGGUGCAACUGUGGAGCAGAAGGAAAGUCAACUUCAACACCCCUUCUUAGCAUACGCUCUGCAGAAUUGGUGCUAUCACAUCCGACAAGUGUCGGAGGUGAAGGGCGAACUUUUGGAUGCCCUGGACCAGCUGAUGCAACCGGGAACAACUGUGUUUUUGGGCUGUGUUGAUUACAUGUUACAACCAGUCUAUAAUGUAGAGACAAUUACACCACUUCAUCUUGCUGCUUGGGGCGGAAUGACGGCUUACAUAAAAAAGAGACUCAUGUCUGAUUCAAGCCUGGAUGCAAUAACCGAGUUUGCUGAGACCUCCCUUUCGAUGGCGGCACAGAGAGGGCACGAUGGCACUGCCUCUCUCUUGCUAAAUCACGGAGCGGCGCCAGACACCCCUGAUAAACGAGGAAUGAAGCCACUUCAUUAUGCGGCUCGAUCGAAUCAUCAUGCUACAGUGCAGGUGCUCCUUGAUGCCGGAGUAAAUCCAAUGACCCGCAGAACGCAGGACUACUCGCUUUCGGAAAACUCCUAUGUCAGUACCACUGGUGACACCGCUUUGGAAUACGCCUCUGAAUCUGGAUGCGUCGAGUCAAUUGCCGCUAUGAUUCCAUGUUUGAGCCAAGAAGACCUGAAUUCUUACUUGAUUUUCGCAAUCACGCGGGGACAUGUGCUAGCUGUCAAGUACGUGCUACAAACUGGUCUUGUCGACGUAAAGUCAAGCAUCGGAGGCCAAGCAUUGAUUGAAGCUGGGUCAGAUCUGAAUUUUCAAAUCCUGGAACUUCUUCUCAGCAAGGGAGCGGAUCCCUUGUAUCAACAGCAGCCGUCACAUAUUGCUUACGCGAAUGUUAUUGUCAUAGAGCAUGAGCCGGUGAUCGAGAAGACUUCCCUGAUUCUUGCUGUCUGUGGAUCCCCUCAUAUGGAGAGUGGUAUUACAAACCACGAGCCUCGUUGUCAUAUGUUUGAGAGGUGUCUGAACCUGGCUAUCUCAGCUGGAAGUGAUGUGAAUGUUCAGGGAGAGGAAGGCUACACUGCCUUGCACUACUGCAUCGUGAGAUGCAUUCCGGGAACCGAAAGCCUGCUAGAACAUGGUGCAAAGACAGAUGCCAGAGACCUAAACGACAACACACCGUUGCACUUGUUGAGGCCAUUUCCUGCCUUAGAAAGAACUCUCGAUUCGCUGAUUCGAUCUGGUGCUCAAUGGGACGCAGUGCGGGAGAAAGACGGCAAAACAGCUCUUCAUGCUUGUUUGGAAAAUUGGAGUGGUGAUAUUGCAUGGAUGCGCCCGUACGUCAAAGACUGGGGAACUGCAGACUACGAAGGCAACACACCCUUGCACGUCGUUAGCAAACGUGGUGGACCUGGGAUCAAAGAAUUGAUAGAGAUGGGGGCAGAUAUCGAUUCCAAAAAUCACCAGGGAGCAACUCCACUACUCGAAAUGGAAGACGAUAUGUACGAAAAAGACUAUGCAGGUGACAAUGCUUUGCAUUUGACCUGUCAAUACUCCCGGAGAGCUGGAGCAAUAAAGUUCCUUCUGGAUGUCGGUGCGGAUCCCUUGCAUCGGAACCACAUGGGAGAUACAUUGUAUCACGUCUUAGCCAGACGCGCUUCUCGUCGCCCCUCUGAUGGGACAUUUGAAGAAAUCCUCAAUCUUAUCCGGAAUACUGCUAUUCCGAUACGGGCCAAGAACUUUCGAGGGGAAACCCUGUUACAUGUGCUGUGCAGCAAAAAUCGCAAAAGGGCCCGAACUGUAGUCGAUAGUCUGCCUCAAUCUGACGUCGACGCCAUGUUUAAGAUGACAGACAAUGAGGGAAAGACUCCCACCCACAACGCGGUCGCCUAUUGUCAAAGAAUGGCGGAAUGGGUUGUUAGAAAAGCACCUGAUUUGACCAUCCGUACUCAUCAGAGACAGAACUUGCUACACCUGGCUGCAGAGGCCGGGCAGAGCAACGUCAUUGGGCUUUUGUUAGAGAGCUAUUCAAAAGUUCAAAGAGACAAAGUUAUGAACCAGGUUGAUCGAGAUGAGCGCACGCCGCUUCAUUAUGCUUGUUGCUCUGGUCGCCCAGAGAGCGUUCAGCUUCUCUUAGAUGCAGGUGCCGAUGUUCGAGUAGCGGACAAAAAUGGAUACACACCCUUACACGCCUGUGCAAUGUUUGUGCGACAUUCUGGUGUCCUGGAUGCCAACAAAUACCCAGAGACCCGUAUCAGCUCAGAUAAGGAAACUUUGCGUGUAACCGAUAUAGUCCAUCUCCUUUGUCGCCACGGGGCUGAUAUCCAAGCGAAGAACAGGUUUCGAAGAACGCCAAUCGAAGUCGCAUUGGACAAUAAUCACGAAGAAAUGAUAUAUGCUCUGACCAGAGAAAUGGCAGAAGCAUCUUCCCGAUUGCUCUCCCAGGCAGAUCUUUACCGGGGUGUCUCUGGGCAAACAUAUUUCUCAAGCCGUCAGACGAAUGUUGAAUCUCUGAUUCAAGAGUUGAAAGAAACAGAAUAUCUUGAAAGAACGUUAAUUCAGGUUCUUCGGUCCGGGGCCUAUGGAGCCCUAGAAGAGGUGGCAAUUCGUGGGGCCGAAUUUACCGCUGAAAACAUCCAUUGGAAGCAGUUCUUGAUAUAUUUGGCAGAAUGGGGCUAUGCCGACCUUCUGGAAAGACUACUGAAGAGAGAGAGGGACAUUGAUUGGAUCAAUGAGUCUUUAUCAAUUCCUCAUGACUGGCGUAAGACUGAGCGUCCAGUGCUAUUCUUCGUGGCAUCACGAGAACUCCCAAGUUUGCCUCUGUUGCGGCUUUUGGUUGAAACCUUUGAUGCCGACGUAAAUGUGCGAUCCACGACAAACGAGGAUUUUUCCGGCACGAGUAUUUUGCAUAUAUUGGCGAAAGGGGAACAUUGGUGGCAAACUGAUGCCGUUCGUUAUGUCCUGGAUAAAGGUGCUGAUGUGACCAUGCAAGAUGGUCGUGAUAGACGUACAGCCCUUCAUGUCGCGAUGAGCGCUGUGCCUCGACGCAUAGGCAUCCUGAAAGCCUUACUGGAGCAUGGUGCCAAUCCAAAUACCGCAGACAAGGACGGCGUCACUCCAUUUAACCUCACGACGGGAGAUCCUGAAUUGUUUCGGCUAUUUCUUCGGUACGGCGCAGACGUCACGACCGGGAACGAACCAAUGCUUUUCCGCGCUAUCCAGAAUUUAAAUGUCGAUCUGGUUCAGGAAAUUCUUAUGGCCGGGGUUGAUUGCAAUAUGCCAUUCAAAAACGGUCUAACUACCCCAGAUCUUGAGAAGCAUCGGCGCUCAAUGGGAAAUGAAGCCGCAGAAAACCACUAUAGCCUUUCGUUACCUCCGAUACGUUUUGCUGCAAGGCUGUGGUUUCCUAGAGUGGAAGACCUUGCGAAGCAUCAGAAAGCACUCCGCAUUGUGGAGAUUCUGUUGGGCCAUGGCGCGACUCCAUUCUCACCGCUGGAGAACACAACGAUUCUGCAUGAUGUGAUUGACUACGGCGGUACUUUGGAGCCUUUGCUAGCCCUGCCGGCGCUGGAUCUGGAACAACGGGACAUCAAAGAAAGAACUUUGCUUCUGGCCGCCUGCGGAGGCCGAGAUCCCGGCGAGACCCCCUUCAAUCGACAUCUCGGAAGAUAUCGGAUAGAACUCAUCCGCAAGCUCUGCGCGAUGGGUGCCGAUGUGUCGGCGGUUGACAGUCACAAACGGAAUGUGCUUCAUCUAUUGGUCACCACUAUGAAGGAGGCCAAGGACCAAAUUGAAUUUACGGGGCUUAUCAAGGAGCUGAUUAUGAAACGACCGGACCUUCUACAGGAACGCAAUGAAGAAGGAUACACGCCGCUGCUUUUGGCUGCCGUCAAAAAGCGUGUUCCGACAACUGCUAUCCUUGCAGAAGCGGGAGCCAACUUUCAAGAAUGCGACUCCGAUGGAAAUACAAUGUUGCACCAUGUGGCCAGUUUUUAUUGUAGUCUGUCGUCUGAGCACGAUAUCGCUGCUGCUUAUACGCUCAUGAGACUUGGACUCGACUUCAACGCCAGAAACAAUGACGGCGAUGCACCAAUCUCCAAAUAUGUUCUGUCGUUCAAUGAUCAACCGCAAACCUGGGUUGAUAAUCCUUAUGUCGAGCAGCUGAAAAGCUUUCGGGAAUAUGGGGCCGACUAUCACACUGUAAAUAACGCAGGCGAAACACUCUUGCACUUGGCCGCAAGAAUACCCUGGCAUGAGGAAACCGAUGCAGACGAUAAAAGUGUCCGAGCAUUCAAAUGCUUGAUGGACAUGGGUUUGAACCCUCUUCAGGAAGAUCAUCAACAAAGAACACCGCUGGAUGUCGCCGCUGCAUAUGGGAAAGACGACAUUGUUGCACUGUUUCAGAAAAGGUAG